UCUGGCCAUAUUAAUGUGAGACUGAGAUAGGCACAAACGAGGACUUCUCCACCCCAGCAUAAGGAUGGAUAUCUGUCUGCAAAUCAUCACUAAUUGCAUUCCCUUCCCUCUUCUGUUUUUGUGAUCGGCAGCAUUUUUAUUCACUGACUAAAAAAAAACCCAACAACAUACAUUUUUCAUCCCUUCUAUUACCAUGCCUGUUUGGUUCGCAAAAUCUAGAGCCAUUUCCCAUCACUUAAACAGAAAGGUCAUGGGUUUCAUGGGAAUUCUCCACCAAAAUUUUUGGACUUCUUCUUGUUCGAGGCACCCAAGUUCUUUAUCAUCAAUAUUUAUCCCAGCAGGGAUUCACGAGGAUCAUUCAACUCCACAUGUAUUUCCAUUCAACUCAUCAAUCACCACCCGUUUCUCCCUCCAGCGAUUCAAAUCCACCAAAGCUGCAAGCCAACUUGAACAGCUCUACUCUACGGAUGACGACGAUCAUGAUACUAGCCAGGCCUUGGAUUUUCCUGGCGGGAAGGUCACGUACAUACCUGAAAUGAGAUUCUUAUCGGAGUCCAAUGGGAAGAGAGUACCCUGUUAUCGUGUUCUUGAUGACAAUGGAGAAAUAAUCAUAGGCAGUGAUUAUGAACAGUUGAGCGAGGAAGUUGCAGUGAAGAUUUAUAGUAACAUGGUCAGCCUUCAGAUGAUGGAUACCGUAUUCUAUGAGGCACAGCGCCAAGGGAGAAUUUCCUUCUACCUGACCUCAACUGGUGAAGAAGCAAUAAACAUUGCAUCGGCAGCUGCACUAAGUGCAGAUGAUAUUAUCUUGCCUCAGUACCGAGAGCCUGGGAUUCUAUUAUGGCGUGGUUUCACAAUUCAAGAAUUUGCCAACCAAUGCUUUGGAAACAAGUAUGAUUAUGGGAAAGGGAGGCAGAUGCCCAUACAUUAUGGGUCUAAGAAGCACAAUUUCGUCACAAUUUCGUCACCUAUAGCAACUCAACUUCCUCAAGCUGUAGGUAUUGCUUAUUCUCUUAAAAUGGACAAAAAGGAUUCAUGUGUUGUCACAUAUACUGGAGAUGGUGGUACCAGUGAGGGAGAUUUUCAUGCUGCUUUGAACUUUGCAGCAGUGACAGAAGCCCCAGUGGUCUUCAUCUGUCGCAACAAUGGCUGGGCCAUUAGUACCCAUAUAUCAGAACAAUUUCGAAGCGAUGGCAUUGUUGUCAGGGGUCCAGCUUAUGGAAUCCGAAGCAUCCGGGUGGACGGAAACGAUGCUCUUGCUGUCUACAGUGCAAUUCAUGAAGCUCGCGAAAUGGCCAUAAGUAAGCAAAGGCCUGUAUUAGUUGAGGCCCUUUCAUAUAGAGUAGGACACCACUCCACAUCUGAUGAUUCCACGAAGUAUCGGCCAGUUGAUGAAAUCGACUACUGGAAAAAGGAACGGAAUCCUGUAAAUAGAUUCAGAAAAUGGGUGGAAAGAAAUGGCUGGUGGAGUGAGGAGAAAGAAUCAGAGCUCAGAAGCAGCAUCAAGAAGCAGCUUCUGCAAGUGAUUCAAGUGGCAGAGAAAACAGAGAAGCCUCCACUCAAGUACUUGUUCUCUGAUGUCUAUGAUAUUCCACCACCAAAUCUUUGCGAGCAAGAGAAACAACUCAGAGAAACCAUCUAUGCACAUCCUCAGGACUAUCCCUCUGAUGUCCCACUGUAGAACAUCUGAGACAUACUGAGAAGAUAAGAGAUAGUUUCGUUAAUAUUCACUGCAAUGAAAUAGUAAGCCUGUAACAAGCAACAUCUAAUCAACAUCUCACGUAAACAGAAAAUAAGAAAAUAAAGAGAGGGUGAUGCAGCUGUAAAGUUUCGAACUGUAAUGUUCAUAAUCAGGGCGGAGCUAGGAUUAUUUGUUAGGGGGAUCAAAAUUUAUAUAAUAAAAUAUAAUAUUUGUUUUAAUUUAUUA